CUUUGGCCAACUUCAUCUCGGGGAAAAUGGCGUCUCCAGAUCAAAUCAGGACGUGCUACGUUCACGGGAUCUGGAAGCGGACGCCGUUCAUCGUCUUCAAGGCGAAGCACUGGCAGAACAAAGAUAAAGUCAAACACGAGAUCAAACAGUGCGUCGCCAACUGCCCCCCCGGCCCCAACGCUCUGCUGCUGCUGCUCGACCCCGAACACUUCACCGACGCCGACGCCGACAGACUCCACUUCAUCCUGGACUUCUUCGACAAAGACGCCUUCCAGUUUUCGCUGGUGGUGACGACGCAGGACAGCAGCAGCCUGAACACGCGAGUACAAACUUUAAUCCAGAGGUGCGGCCAGAGGCACCACAGAAUCGACCUGAACGUGAAGAGACGCCCCGUUCACAACAUCCAGGAGCUGAUGCAGAAGUGUGAGGACAUCGUGAACGCAAACCGCGGGCAGCACCUGAGCCUCAGCACGGCCCCGGGGUCCGAGCGCCGUCCAGGGUCAGACGAAGAACAACAAACUCCUCCAGAUUUACUCAAGCAGAGCCUCCAGAAGCCGGAGGAGCUUCAACAGAAACCUCUUCGUUAUGUAGAGCCUUUCUCCUUCACACAGCCCCUCAACAUUGUUCUUUGUGGAAGGUUCCAAGACUGGAAAACCAUCGUGUUUCACGCCAUUUUAAAACCAAAUCUAUCAUCUGAGUCAUCUGAGGAUUUCCUUAAUCAAAGAAACAUAUGUGGGCGUAGAGUUUCAGUUUUAGGUCUUCCUGCUUUAUGCAGAAAACCCAUGGACACUGCAAAGACAGAGGUUCUGAAGUUGAUCUCAGAGUGUCGUCCUGAGGGGGUCCACGCCUUCGCUCUGGUUCUGCCCGUUGGGCCCAGCAGCACUGAGGACAACCUGGAGUUAGAGGUUCUCCAAAGCGCCUGUGAACCUUACGAAAACGCGUUCACCAUGAUUCUGUUCACAGUGGAUUCUGAAACUGAAGCUGUCGCCGUCAGUAGCUACGUCCAGUACAACACAGAGAUACAAACCCUGUGUCGGCGAUGUGCAGGGAGAUAUUUUAUAUUUAACAUGAGUGACAACACACAGGUCCCAGAGCUGCUCAGGAUGGUGGGGAACAUCGGAGAAAGUCGGAGAAAGUCUCUAACAGAAGAUCUGCUCCUCUCUACAGCUCCGUCUGUGCACAGAAGCAGAACUCUGAGAGUGGUGAUGGUCGGGAAAACCGGCUCUGGGAAAAGCGCCACAGGAAACACCAUUUUAGGACGAGACGAGUUUUCAUCCAGAGUAUCUCAGAAUUCUGUGACGCGAUCGUGCAGAAAAGCAGAGGGGACGGUGGACGGGCGGUCCAUAGAGAUCGUGGACACGCCCGGUCUGUUCGACACCACUUUAUCAAACGCUCAGGUCCAACAGGAGCUGGUGAACUGCAUCAGCCUGUUAUCUCCCGGACCACACGCCUUUCUAAUGGUGCUGCAGAUCGGACGCUUCACCAGAGAGGAGCAGGAAACCGUCAGACUCAUCAGAGAGUUCUUUGGAGAAGGAUCUGAAAAGUUCAUCCUGGUUCUGCUCACCAAAGGAGAUGAGCUGAGGAACACCACCCUCGGGACUUACCUCGGGGAGGACACGCUCGUCCGAAGGGUGAUCAACGACUGUGGAGGGAGGUUCCACGUCUUCAACAACAACGACCCCGAGAACCGCCAGCAGGUCCGAGAGCUCGUCCACAAAAUCGACUCGAUGGUGAACGAAAACGAAGGAGGCUGCUACACUUCAGAGAUGUUCGAAGAAGCAGAAGACGCGAUAAAGAAAGAGACAAACAAAAUACUUAUAGCAAGAGAACCGGAGAUCGAAAAACAAAAAGCAGAACUGGAAGUGAAACUUAAUCAAGAUCUCAGAGAAGUGCAAGAGAGGAAGUCUGAAAUCCCAGAAAAACUCUCACGAAUCACUGAAGAUCUCAACGAAAUCGAGGAGAAUUAUGAACGAGAGGAGCGCAGGAGGAAGAUGGAGCAGGAGGAGCGGGAGCAGGAGGAAGAGAGGAGGAAGCUCGAGGAGGGGAUGCAGAGGAAACGGUUUGAAAUCAAGUGCAGAAACUUACAGCAGCAAAUCGAGUCGGACGAGAAGACGACCGCUCUCCCCGAAAUCAUGAGGACGACGGUGGCGCUGGAGGAGAUGAGGAAGGAGAUGGAGACGAGGGAGAGGGAGCGGCGCGAGUGGUGGGAGAAACGCUACGAGGAGGACGAGCGGCGGCGCCUCGAAGAACGGGAACGACACGACAGGAUCCAGCGAGAGUACGACGAAAAGCGGCAGAAGUACGACGAAUACGAAGCCAAACGGCGGAAGGAGGAGAUGGAUCGGAAGCUCAAAGAGGAAAGUCUGCUGGAAAAGUAUCGACUGGAGCUGGAGAAGAUCACGCGAGAGCACGAGUACGAAGCCCGGAAACAGGCCGUGAGGUCGAACAAGUUCCAAGAGAAGUACGCCGAGGUGAAGGCCAAAGAGAACGAACGCCUCAACACGGACUUCCAGUUACUGAAGAUAAACCAAAGCAAAGUGAACAAAGACAACUACAACCUGCUGAGGGAGCGGCAGAAGAAGGAGAUGAAGAAGGCUGCAGAAGGUUUAUCGAGGAGGAGACCAGGACGAGCAGCUGCAGAAGGAGCUGGUCCUGCUUCAGACCAAACACGAGAAGGAGGUCCAGGUCUGGAUCAGGGACCGAGUCAACUCCGCCGUGGAAAACCAGGCCUGCAGCAUCCUCUGAUCUACAAAACAGGACUAAACCAGGACUAA